AUGGACGAACGAAUCAAGAUUGAGUACCGCUUACUUAAGCAUCGCCGGCGCGUCAACAUCAUCGCAGCGAAGGCUAGAAGACUCGCUCGGGACGGUAUAAAGUACCGAAUCUAUCACAAGACUACCAACAGCACUCGACCCAGCACUCGCGAGCCAGAGGCGAUCAUCGAUAUCAGUGGACUUGAUCAAAUCAUCAGUAUCGAUAAGCGCCGACGUCGCGCUGGCGUCGAACCCAACGUGUCAAUGGAGGCUCUGGUCACGGCCACCCUCAAGCACGGCCUCAUUCCCGCAGUUGUCCCUGAGUUCACCGGCAUCACCGUUGGCGGCGCCUUUUCCGGCACUGCGCUCGAGAGUUCCUCAUUCCGAUACGGUCACUUCGGAAAGUCUGUGACUUCUGUCGAGGUCAUCCUUGGAAACGGCAACAUUGUCACCGUCUCGCCCGUCGAGAACUCGGACCUCUUCAGCAGUCUCUCGAGUCUCUGGUGCUUGUGGCACCCUCGGUAUCUGCACGAUUCUCGAAAUCAAGCUUGUUCCAGCUCGUCAAUUCGUCGAGCUCAAGACUACACCGCCAACACCUCGUUCAUUGAUUUCGUCGACGGUAUAAUGUUCGGCCCCAACGACGGCGCCGUUAUCAUUGGCACCAUGACUGAUGAGAAGAAGUCGGGCAUGCCCGUCACUCGUUUCAGCCGAGUCCAUGAUCCGUGGUUCACUCUUCACGUGCACGAGUCUGUACCCCACGUCCGAGACGCUGACUGCAAGCUAUGCGCGUUCUCCGAAUCACGCUCAAGCUACAAGAGUAGCAUCAUCACCGAACUGGUGCCGAUCAAGGAUUAUCUCUUCCGAUACGACCGAGCCGCAUUCUGGAUGGGAAUAUAUGGGCGCAAUCCCAAUGUCUUCAACGGUGUUACCCGCUUUAUGCUGAACCCCCUGAUGAAGGCGAAGUCCUUGUACGCUGGUCUUCACCACAGUGGCCAGGGCCAGUCCUUUUUCAUUCAGGACAUCACGCUUCCGGAGAAUACUGUGAGGGCCUUCAUCGACUGGACUAACGAGAAGUUCGGCAUCUAUCCCCUCUGGAUCUGCCCUGUUAGAGCCGCAACCGACAGCAGUUCCCGCAGCAAUCGUCACAGGAUCUCCGACAUGCUCGUCAACGUAGGUGUCUGGGGUCUCAAGACCAUCCGCGGGCCCGAUGACAUCCCGAGCCUUGACGGCGCCGAGGCUUUUCAAGAGUUUGUCCGUGACAACAGGGCCAUCGAGCAGGCGACUCGCGACCUGGGUGGUGCGAAGAUGCUGUAUGCCACCAACUACUACACGGAGGAGGAGGAAUUUUGGAGAAUUCACGACAAGGAGGCGCACGAUGAGCUUCGAGACAAGUGGGGUGCCUCCGGCCUCCCCAGCCUCUGGGACAAGCUCGGCAAUCCCAAUCCGACCUACAAGGAGAAAAGCUCUCGUUUCAAGGUCGUCAUGAAGACUCUCCUGAAGCGCAACUAUCUCCUCAAGAAGUGA